ACUGUACUGUAGUACACAGUAAUGACGUCAUAUUGGAAUUUUGGGUCAGAGUGUUUUGACUGAAUUUAACUUUUUUUUGUGAGUAUCACUCAUGACCACUACAAAAUGGAAACGGAUAGGUUUCAUAUUUUAUAACGUUUCCGGUAGACAUGUUCAUCCCUGUGAGUCUAUUUUUCAUUAAGUGUCGAAAAGCAACAACAACAGAACAAAUAAAGCAGUAAAACACAAUUGAAUUACUACAUGACACAAACAGUUAACAGUGCAGUCAGAUGAAAUCAAUGGUAAAGGAGAAUAUUAAUGACAACAUUGCCGACAGCUUGUCUUAUUUGUUGAAAUCUAUAUCUCUGAGGAUGAGCAAUGGAUUAGUUUUACAAUAUGUUUAGCAGCUAAAAAACACCAUUUUUGUGAAAUAUUUUUUUUUAAAAAUAAUGUCAAUUUUGAAGAAUUAAAUUUAUCUAAAUUCAAGCAAAAUGGGUAGCAGUUCGGGUUUAACUGACUUGCAAAAAUCAGAUAAGUAUCAAAAAGCAAUUUCACUAAAUUUGGAUUGUGGAUCAGAUACUCUUAGAAAAAUGAUUGAGGCUGAGCUUGACAGCAAGGGUUGUACUUUUAAAAAAUACAUUAAAGACCCAGGUGUGCAGAAUAAAAUUACUAACUUAAAAACGAGAAAAAAACUUUUUAAGGAACAAUUCAUUCUAUUAAAUACCAAAGACCCAGAGGACAUGGAUAUAUCUUUACUUUCGUUAAUAUUACUUGAACUUUUUCCUAUCAACUCAACUCAGAAAUCGAAUUUAACCACGAUGCGAAAGAAGAGAAAUGAGUUGGCGCAUAGACCUAAAGCAAUGCUUGACGACGAUAUACCAUUUAUUCAAGCCAGUCAGGUUAUUAUUGCCAUGGCAAAAGAUAUCAGUUGUGAGUUUGAAAAUGAAAUGAGAAAAAGAAUAGAGGAAUUGAAGAACAGAGAACUAGUUAGGACAAGAUGCAGCAUGGACAUCAUACUUUUAAACAACGAGUCGUUAAUGAUGAAGUUAGUUGAAACCGGAAAAAAUGAACAAGCUGAUUGCAAUGAUGAGACAUGGAUAAAAUUUGGAUUAACACGGUAUGUGCGGCAGCUAUCGAAGUUUAUAGAUAUUGAUGUACUUCUACAACAGCUGAAAGAUGAGGGUGUCAACAUUGACAAGAUAAGAAACCUUAUAGAACUAACAUAUAACAACGAAGAAAAAAUGCAUCAGUUUGUUCUUCAUAUGAUGACAGAGAAAAAAGAAAAUUUAAUGAAACUAUGCAUCUGCCUAAGAAAGACCAAUAGUCUACUUGCAGACCUUGUGCAACAUAAGACAUCGUAUGAAAAGGAUAUAGAUUCAAAAUUACAUGCAAUUGAGAGCACCAGACUUUGUGACAUUCUUAAAGAAUUGGUUGAUGAAGAGGAAACAAGUAGCAUCGCCUGUGAGGAUAUCCAUAUACUUUGCGAAGAAAAAUGCAAAUACACCACCAAGUUUUCCACUGUUCAAGAAAGCAUGAAAGAAUGCUUUCCUGGGGUUAGUUUUGAGGAAAAAGACAGUAGGUUUCAUGGAAUUAAAUGGAAGGAUAGCGGUGAUCUUUUAAGUGACAGUAAAGUAAAUGAAGACACAGAAGAAAUAAUAUCAGACAUGCCGUGUGACGUGUUUGGUAAAUACUUAGCUUCAAAGAUGGAAAAGGUAAAACAAGGAAUCGGGCUCUACUUUGAAAAAUCUGCAUCCGAAGAAUGUAUUUCAGCUGAAAUAUUUGCAAGCCUAACAGAUGACCAAAUUGAACAGGUGUUUAGGGGGAAAAUUUUAAAAAGUCCAGUAUUACAAAAACAUUAUCAUCCUGCCUACAUUGUAAAGGAAGUUAUAAGAUUUGCUUCAGCUUGUAUAAAUGGGAAGAAAAACGGAACGAUACAUUUUGGAAUUAAAGAGGCUGGUAACAGGAGUGGUGAAAUUGUUGGGGUACCAAAAGAUUGCUGUAAAAAUGUUAGGUCGUUAGAUGAUGCCAUAUUGUCUGGAAUCAAAAUUUCAUUUGACCAAAAGCAUCAACUAGUUGCCCAAAGAUGUAUACGCCCAGUGCAAAAAAUACCUGUCGAAGAUGACCUAGUUGUCUUUGAAAUCGAUAUUGUACCGUUUUCAGGAUAUAUGGAUGACUGUUCUAUGCAGAUUAAUUAUCCACCUAAAGGAUUUCAAUGGCGCAAAUGUUUUGUUAUAGAAGACACCAUGAUAAGUACUAUUGAAGAAUCAAAAAUAGACGGCAUGCAACAAGAUUUAAAAACCUUGUACCAAGAGAGGGUUUACUUAGAGAUGAAAGAUAUAAAGUCAUCAAAUGAAACAAGAAAUAUAGAAGAACAAAAGAAACUAAUGAAAUUGCUCACUGGUGGAAACAAAUAUGUUACGGAUGCGUUUAUUCCCAUUAUUUGUUCAGGAGACAUAUCGGGUUGCCAAAAUGCGGAAUUUCUACGGGAAAAUAUCUCUAGCAUGGCCAUGGCAUUUACUUCUGCCCUGGCUGUUUUGACUUUGACUCAUCAGUUGAAUUUGCGUAAUGGUAUUGAAAACGGAACACGGUUUCAAUGUGAAAAUGGCUAA